AGGGCCAUGCAGGAAGCUUGUGACAGGCUUCUCCAAGGGAUAAGUCCAGAGACAGUAUGCCAAGUGGGAUCCCGACAGGUGAUUUGGGGUUCCAGAUGGAUGAUGGUGCCCCAGAUGCAGGGAAAGAAGCCAUGACUAGAGGUCCUGGAAAUGGUGUUCACUUUGAGGUUGUACAAGGAACCAUUGAAACCCAACAGGUGGAUGCUCUGGUAUCUCCUAUGGUUGGCCACGAUCCUCUCUCAACCCGUGAUGGAAACACUUUGUAUCGAAUGGUUGGAUCCCAGCUGACUGACGAGGUUUAGCACUGAAGCAGGAGAAGAGAUGGCCCCUAGUGAUGCAGUUCUGGUGGAGGACUUGCCUGGACUUCCAUCCAAUGCAGUGUUCUUCCUCAACCUCAUUCCCUGGGAUGAUGAUGAAGACGGAACUGCUGCUCAGGUUCUGAGAGCUGGCAUCAAUAAUAUCCUCACUUCCUGUGAGAAAACAGGGUUUGGAUCUGUUGCACUCCCCGCACUUGGGGUUGAGUUUGUGCCGUUUUUUCCUGUAAAUGUGGUAGCCAAUAUUGUACAGGAGGAAGUUCAAAAAUUUGAACAGAACCGAGCCAGUAGAACGCCAUUCUUGGUCCGUAUCGCCAUCUACCCCAAUGACCAUGAGGAUAGUGAGGUCUUCAAAGAUUUCACAAAAGAGAUUCACCAACCAGACCAAAUGUUGACUUCAAAAAGGAUCGUCCUGCUGGGAAAAACUGGAUCUGGGAAAAGCAAUCUAGCAAAUACCAUAUUUGGAGAGGCCGAAUUGUUUGCCACAUACAAUUCUCCCAACUCUGGAACAACUGAAUGUCGAGCAGAAACCAGAACUGUCAAAGGAAGAAGCAUCACUUUGAUCGACACUCCUGGAUUUUUUGAUUCAGAAAGGUCUGAGGAGGACAUCAAGCCUGAGAUCAUGAGCUGCAUCACAGAGUGUGCUCCUGGGCCUCAUGCUUUUCUCAUUGUGCUCAAAGUGGAUAGAUUCACUGAGCAUGAGCAGGCUGUCAUCACUAAAAUACUUCAGUAUUUCUCUGAAGAUGCUCUGAAGUAUGCUGUAGUUGUCUUCACUCAUGGGGAAGAUCUCACUGGAGGAAAGACAAUUCAGGAGUUUGUCAGUAAGAAUAAGAAUCUGAGUGAUCUGGUGAAGAAGUGCGGCGGCCGGUGCCACGUCUUUGAUAAUAAACACUGGAACAAACAGCAGAAUAACUACAGGAGUAACCAGUUCCAGGUCGAAGACCUUCUGAACACAGUAGACAAGAUGGUGAUGAAAAAUAAUGGAGGUUACUACACCAACAUGGUGCUGCAAGAAGUGGAGGAAGAAAUAAAGAAAGAGGAAGAGCAGAUCAAACAGUCAUCAGAAAAGAUGCCACAGGAAGUGAUCAGACAACAGGCUAAAGCUAAUGUGUCUAAUAGGUUUCUCAUACAACUGACGGGAACUGCAACAGGAGCAGUAUUAGGAGCCUUUUUUGGUGUGGCAGCAUUGGUUGGGUUGGUUAUCACAGCUGUGAGGAAUGUAGAAUUCAUGAAAUCCAUGAAAAGCACUCCAGCAGUAGCAAUGACAGCCGCAGCAGUAGGAGGAGGAGGAGGAGAGGUAGCAUUAGCAGCAGCUGGAACAGCAGCUGGAGCAGUGGCUGUAGUGGGGGGAGUGGUAGGUGGUGUUAUCGGAUAUAAGGCAGCUAAGGGAGCAGAAACAGUACAGGAUGCAGCAGAGAUGGCAGCUAAUGCUGUCAUUGAGAAAGGUAAAGCUGUGAUAAAGUGGAAGUAACAGAUUUUUUUCAGCCGCAGUUCAUCAGCUUCUCAGUGCAGGGAAAUGUUCAUCCUAAUCCCUGUUAUUACUCUUUUUUAAAUCACUUGUAAAUUUUGUAAUAUUCAUUAUAAGUAAGGUUGGUAAUGCCGUCUAUAAAAAUGAAGAACUUCUAUUUAAAAAUGUAGCUGUAUGUUGGAAGCAAGUCUUUUCAGGCCUUUUUAAGACACUCAAACUUUAGGAGCACAUAAUUUCACGUGAUUAAUGAUUGUAAACUAUCUGACAGUGAUUGGCCAUUGAUUAUUUGUUCUAAAUCAUAUUUUCAACAAUUAAAGCACUGAUUACCUCUCUCA